UACUACACUGAAUUUUCUUCCUCCUUUCCUCCUCUUGCCGCCCACCCACUGCUGCCCCGAGUGCAGCAGGAGCUGCCAGCCCGGACGAAUGCCUCGGUGCCCACCUCUCCGGCACUGACCCGAGACGCACUCCACACCAAGAUGGAGCAGCUGGAGGAGCAGCUCCUCUCCAAGAUCCUGACGCUGCAGAAGGAGCGCCAGGCGGCCAGCAGCGACCACAGCCAGCAGCAGCACGACAUUGAGAAGGAGCUGAACUCCCUCCAGAGCCGGGUCGCUGAGUUGGAGCAUGGGCCACCAAGCUUCAGCCCUCCCGAUGCCUUCAAGGUGACCAUCCCUGUGCAGAACAACUACAUGUAUGCCCGCAUGAAGAAGACCCUGCCAGAGCUCUACGCCUUCACCAUCUGCAUGUGGCUGAAGUCCAAGGCCUCGGGUGGGCUCGGCACCCCCUUCUCCUACUCUGUCCCGGGCCAGGCCAACGAGAUUGUGCUACUAGAGUGGGGUACCAACCCCCUAGAGCUGCUCAUCAACGACAAGGUUGCCCAGCUGCCGCUGAGCCUGAAGGACAAGGCCUGGCACCACAUCUGCGUGGCAUGGACCACCCGGGACGGCAAGUGGUCGGCCUACCAGGACGGCGAGCAGCGGGGCGCCAGUGAGAACCUGGCCUCCUGGCAUGCCAUCAAGCCCCAGGGGGUGAUAAUCCUUGGCCAGGAGCAGGACACACUGGGCGGCCGGUUUGAUGCCACACAGGCCUUCGUGGGGGAGAUCGCGCAGUUCGGUGUCUGGGACCACAUGCUGGCGCCGGCGGAGAUCCUGGCCCUGGCCAACUGCACCUCCCACCUGCAAGGCAACGUGAUCCAGUGGGAUGACCAGGCGGUGGAGGUCUUUGGGGGCGCCGGCAAGGCGAGCUUCGUGGCCUGCGAGGAGAGGAUGAAGGCGUGAGCGGCCCCUCGCCCCCCACCCACGGGAAGGAGCAUGGCAGUGA